UUAAACCUGCGGCCGAAGGGCCGGCUUCGGCUCCUCCUCCCUCUCCUGUUUGGUGGAGGGUUGGCCGGACGGCCGGCAGGCAGGAUUAUGCCUCUGUGGAGAUUUUGAACAGCAGUUCAACCGAAUGCUUCACCGCUGAAUUAGUUGCUCAGGGAUCCUGGAAUUCUUUGUUGCUAUGGGAGAUUGGAAGACUAUUACAGUGCCAGUACUGUCAUCAGUUUCAGAUAGCAAAAGCAUUUCUCAAUAUACCUCAGAAACAAAGAUGUCUCCGUCGAGUUCAUAUACGCAACAAGUGCUGUGUUCUUCAAUACCUUUGGCAAAAAGUGUGCAUAAUUUUUUCAGUGCCUUCUGCACAGAGGAGAAUGUUGAACAGAGUGUUUCUUAUCUGAAUCAGGAGUUGACCACUUUAGGUUUUCCUUCGUUAUAUGAAGAGUCCAAAGGUAAAGAGACCAAGAGAGAAUUAAGUAUAAUUGCAGUUUUAAAUUGUAUAAAUGAGCUGCUUUUACUUCAACACAAGAACCUCCGAACUCAGGAAGAUGUCGAAACCCAGAAUUUGAAACUAGGAAGUGACAUGGACCACCUGCAAAACUGCUAUUCCAAACUUAAGGAGCAGCUGGAAACCUCAAGAAGGGAAAUGAUUGGACUUCAAGAACGGGACAGACAGCUACAGUGCAAGAACAGAAAUUUACACCAAUUACUUAAGAACGAGAAGGAUGAGGUACAAAAAUUACAAAAUAUCAUCGCAAGCCGGGCCACUCAGUAUAAUCACGACAUGAAGAGAAAAGAGCGAGAAUACAACAGGCUAAAGGAACGGCUUCAUCAACUGGUAAUGAGCAAGAAGGAUAAAAAAACAGCGAUGGAUGUUCUCAAUUACGUAGGUAGAGCAGAUGGAAAGAGAGGCGCCUGGAGAACUGACAAAACCGAAGCCAGGAAUGAAGAUGAAAUGUAUAAAGUUCUGCUGAGCGACUAUGAGCAACGUCAGAAACAAAUUCUGCUGGAAAAUGCCGAACUCAAGAAAGUUCUUCAGCAAAUGAAAAAGGAAAUGAUUUCUGUCCUCACACCACAAAAGCAGAAACCUAAAGGGAAAGUUGAAGAGAGCUGUGGAGCAGUCCUAUCAGAUAUGGAAGAAGAUGCCGGAGACCUAAGCAAGGACAGUAAUAUGUGGGAACUUUCUUGUGAAACCGCACGAGAGCAGCUCACCAACAGCAUUAGGAAACAAUGGAGGAUUCUCAAAAGCCACGUGGAAAAGCUUGACAACCAAGUGUCACAGGUACAUUUAGGAGCUUUUAACGAUGAGGAUGUGAUCUCAAGACAGGACCAUGAACAAGAAACGGAAAAGCUGGAGUUAGAAAUUCAGCAGUGCAAAGAAAUGAUUAAAAAUCAGCAACAGCUUUUACAGCAGCAGCUCACUAUCGACGAUGACACAUCUUCACUUUUUCAAGACUGUUAUUUGCUGGAGGAGAAAGAACGUCUCCAAGAAGAGUGGAUGCUGUUUAAGGAACAAAAAAAGAAUUUCGAGAGAGAGCGAAGGAAUUUCACCGAAGCUGCCAUUCAGCUAGGAAUGGAGAGAAAAGCAUUUGAAGAUGAUAGAGCAGGUUGGCUGAAGCAACAGUUCUUACAUAUGACCGCCUUUGACUUCAGAAACGUAGAAAAUAUGAAACCUCAAAGUGCCUUCUCAGGAAGUCCCGAUCAGGACAAUCAAACAGUGUGCUACAGGUCCCGGCAAAAGAAAUUUCACUGCGUGCCCAGUGGAUCUCCGACGUGCACAUCGAAACCCACAAAGCCUCUCCUCACUACAUCCCUUGCUUCCGAGCUUUUCCAGACACACCACCACGCAACGGAAAAUAGCUCAAGCAGUGUUCUGAGUGCAACCACCGAAGACACUAAACCAAAUCCAAGCCGAAGGGAGUCUACAACCCAGAUCCAGAACGUGGCUGCGAGGCUUGAAUCCCAGGAAGGCUGCUGUACUCGACAUUCUCUUCUUUGUGCCAAUUCACACGGAGAGCACAGAGAAGACUUACCUUAAACCUCCUAGAAUGACACGCUCUUUGGUUGUCUCGGCGUUCUUAAAUGUGCUUGCUUAGGGUGAAGCGGGGUCUUAUAAACUCAGUCAUCUCUAGUAAACUAAGAGGGUCGUGUGCGAGUUGUCUGUCCCGGCUUCCCCACCCUACUCCCCAAAGAAUCAAAUCUUUAAAGUCUAUUUGAAGGGAAAUGAAAGCUUUUGGAUAGGUAUUUCAGUAACAGAAGCUUGGAUUCUGCGAAACAAGGAAUGUAUGAAAUAGUUCAGUUGGAAACAGAAGCACUAGAAUGAGUUUCCUUUUUAUCAUAUAUUACGUAGCACUUUUAGUAAACCGAUUAUUGUAAAUGUUUAAUUUUGUCAAGCGUGAGCGGCAUUGGAAGUUUUGCCUUGAAUGUACACGGUAGAUUUUUAACGAAACAGGCUCUAUUUAUUUCGUCUAGUGCGGUUUGAGAUUACCUCUUUCGUAUGUCUUAGGUGAGGUUUUAUGUAUGUUUGUACAUAGGUGUACAUGAUCACGGUAAGAUGCUGUAAAAUGAAAUAAUUUCCUGCAACCAGAAUGAUAGAAUUUACAAUGCCAAUUUAAACUUUGGUGAUAUUCUGUUUACAGAUGUUUGGGGCUCUGCUACAUUUACAGUUCAAAGAUCAAACUCUUUGGGAACAUAUAUGGGCAAUAAAUGUGCAAAAGACAUUCACGAAA